CAAACUUGUUCAUGCUUCCUCGUUUCGUAUAUACAACGAAUAAAUCUUGCAGUGGACUCGCACCAGAUCGAAACUUUUCCUGUUAGGGUUUCUCGAGCUUUAUAGCCUUAAGAUUUUUUCCGCCGCGGUCGACGAGCUCCAAACCAGCAGCAAGAAAAUGCCGUCGCACAAGACCUUCAGGAUCAAGAAGAAGCUGGCGAAGAAGAUGAGGCAGAACCGCCCCAUCCCCCAUUGGAUCCGCAUGAGGACCGAUAACACCAUCAGGUACAACGCCAAGCGCAGGCACUGGCGCCGCACGAAGCUAGGGUUUUGAGAAUGCCCUAGGUGGUUGCCUUUCUUUCAUUAGUAUAUCUCAUUUUAUAUGUUAUGGCGCUUAAUUGUACUCUGUUUCUAUUCAGUGUGAUGUUUUGGAGCUACGGCUGUUGAUUUCUAUGAUGGUUUUAUUGGGUAUGUUAAUGCCAUGAAUCAAAAUAUUAGUCCUAUAUUUCAUACUCUAUCUGUUUUGUUUU